AUGCAGCCCUGCCUGCUCCUCGCCCUGGCCCUGCUGGGCACGGCCUCCGCCAGCCACCCCGCCCCUGCCAGCCCCGAGGCGGAGGAGGCGGCGCUGGAGGUGCCAGAGGAGGACGCCCGGUGCCCGCUGGAGAGUGAGACGAGGGCGCUCAGCAUCCCGAACCCGUUGGGUGCCACCACCUUCCGCUACGUCAUCGUCACCCGCUGCCAGACCUUCCAAGGCGCCCAGCGCGUCUGUGCCCAGUGCUACCGCGGGCGCCUGGCCUCCAUCCACAACUACCACACCAACGCCUGCCUGCAGCGCCAGGCGCGGCUCUGCACCAACCGCGGGCAGGUCUGGAUCGGGGCCAUCACCCGGCCUGCGGUAAGGGACCCCCCGUGCCCCUGGGAAGACGGGACCCGCUGGAACUACUCGCACUGGCUGCGGGGUUACCCGCUGUGCACCCACAGAUACUGCACCUCCCUCUGCACCAACAACGGGCGCUGGAGAAGCCUGGGCUGCCAGGUGAGGCUGCCCUUCAUCUGCAAGUACUGA